AUAAAAUAACUCUUCAGUCAUAUUUUUCUACUUAAUGUUGUAAAAUGUCUGUUUCUGGUGAUAGUGAAAAUAAAGAUAAAGGUCAAGUGAAAACCUUACGUUUUAUAGAAGUUACUGACGUCAACGAUGACGACGAACAAUCGCAAAUUGGGGAAGAAGAAGAAGAAAGCUUAGAAUGUAUGUGGCCAGAACAAGAAGAGGAAACUGUAGAAGAGGAGGAACAAGACGUAACCGAAGAAACUCUCCUUUCUCCUGACAAUCCGCUUUUGGAAAAGUUUCAAAAAGCUCUUAAAGAACAUCUUUUGAAACAAAUUGAAACGAUUAAAAGCGAAGUUUUUGAGUUGGAGUCUGGAACCAAAAAGUUGAACGUAGAACGUGAAAAAUUGGGUGUCGAGGUUUAUGAAAUUCAACAACAACUUAAUAAGCAACAGGAAGAACUGAAACUUUGCGAAGAACAACUGCAGAACGUUAUUGCCGCAAAAGAUCAAGUUGAGCAUGAUUUACAAAUAGCCAUCAAUGAAUAUAAAGAGACUAAAGCAAAAUUACAUGAAGCUGAAAGAGAAGAAAUAGGGCUGAGAAGAGAGUUAGAAGCGGUUGAUUUACUUCAUCAACAAAUGUCAACUUGGGAAGAAACUGUCGAAUCGGAAUUAGCUGUAAACCAAAGAAUAUUUGAAAAAUCAAGAAAAGACAAACUUAAAGCAGCUGCGGAAAAAAGAGAACAGGAUGGAUUUAUUUAUAAGCUUAUGAAAGAAAUAUGGAGAUUGGAAGGAGAAAUAGAAACUAUGGACAUGCAAAUAAGAGUAAAAGAGGAAGAGAGGGAGAAACUAGCUGAUGAAAUAGCACUGGCCAAUGUUGAUUUAGAAACGUUUAAUAAUGAACACAAAUGUCUUAUGCAAUCUUGGAAUUCUCUUUUGGUUGCUAUCAAUUACCGAGAUAAGGUUUACAAUUCUAUGGAAAAUGAAUUGGAAAAGAAAUCAGAAAAAUUACGAGCAAUUUUAGCAGAGAUUGAUGCUGUGAAAAAGUUAGGAGUAAGGGAGAUGCAACGUAGUGAAGAACUCAGCAUUUUUAAAGAUCGUGUUGUACAAGAUAUCGUAAAUUAUUCAAAGAGACUCGACCUAGAGUAUAAGAAGAAAUUUGAAAUUGACGAUCAAAUCGCGUUAUUGAAAAGGAUAAUCGAGCAAACUGAAAAAGACGUGGAUUUAAUUAAAGCCGAAAACGCAGAAAAAGGUCAAGUUGAUGCGAAUCUUCAACGUGACAUUGAAGCUAUUGAUUUGCAAAAAGGAGAAUUGGAUAAUCAAAUACUGGCUGUAUUAGAAGAGCAAAUCACAAAUGAUAAAGCAUCAAAGUAUUUACAGAAAUUGCUACGGGAAAUAAAGGACAAAAAUAGAGACCUUGAAGUUAGUUUAGCAAACAGUGAAAAUUUGAACGCAAAAGUUUUAAUGGAAGUGGAAACGCAAAAAUUCCUAAUUGAAAAAAUUCAGCAAACUAUUAACGAAGUAGAAAAGGAACAAACUUCAUAUGAUGCAGAAAUAAAGGCAAAUAAGACGUUGGUCACUGAAAUUGAAGGGCAGUUUUUGAAAAAACGGCGCGAAAUCAACAUUCUGACCAAGAAAAUUGAGACAAUUAUGCAGCAAACAGGGGGAGUUGAAGUAUCGCCGUUGGAAUUAAAAAUUCAAACACUGGAGAAAAAUUUAGUUGAUAUAAAUGAAGAUAUAAAACAGUUAGAACGAUAUUGGUUAAGGGAACAGGCGUACAUAGUCGGUCUUACACAGAAACGACAAAAUCAGUUAAGGGAUAUUAAUGUUAUGAAAAAACAAAUUAUGCUACUUACUCAAAAGAAUCUGACUAUCGGUGACGAGUUGGAAGCGUAUAAAAAGGAAUCUGAUAAAAUUGAAAAAAAUACAACGAUCAUGCUAAACCGUCUUACCACAUUAAAUGAGAAAAAUAAUAAUCUUCGUGGAAAUAAAUAUAAUUUAGACAAAGAUGUGAUUUUCAAACAAAACGAGUACAUUGGCCAGUUAGAGACUGCUGAAAUGGAGCUUUUAAAUUUAGAAUCGGAUUGUACAGAGAUUGAAAAGGAAAAGCAAACAAUUAGCGAAGAACUAAUUGAAGCUAACCGUGAAAGUUUAGUAUGGGAGAAAAGGCUUAUAAUGGUCCUUCAGCUUAAAAAGCAAAUUAAAGAAGAACAAGCCGAAGGAGGUGAAGUAGGCACGAUGAAGUUUGAGAUUCAUCGAAUGCAAGUGAGAUUGGGCCAGUUGAAGAAAGCUCAGGACAAGCUAUUGCACGACUUACAACAUUGUCUAUCGCGAAGAGAAGCAAUUGUUAACACUGCAGAAGCCCGAGAAAAAAGAACAAAAGGAGCAGUGGAUCAAACAAGAAUGAAUUUUGAAAGAAAACUGGAGGAAACAAGACUAAGACAUAAAGAAAUUCAAAAGGAAAUUGAAGAAGUUGCGGCGGAUUUGAAUAAAGCUGAAUUGGAAGUGGAACUGUCACGUAAACAAAUACAACAAAUCGAAAAGGAAGUUGAAGAAAUCAAGCAGAGGAUAGAAAGAACAAAACAUGAUGUGGAGAUUGCUGAGACCGAAAACGAGAAGAGUCUCGGGAUUACAUUGACAAAACAAAAGAAACUCGGCUUUUAUAUAGAUCUAUCGAAAGGAAAACAACCGUACAUUUUGUACUGUUCAGAUAAAACCAUUAAUCCGGAAUUGGAGAAACAAAAAGAAUUAAACAGUAUAUUAAUCACUGUGGUACAAAAAACCUUCGUCGACUUCCCUGAACGCUACCAACAUUUUUUAAGGAUUUACAAUACUUUAAUUAUACCGACAAUGUAUCUUUGAUUUAUGUCUAAAUUACGAUUGAUAAUUUUUUUAUACCUUAUAUGAUUUAUAAAUUUAACAACGCAGACUUGUUUACAGUUUUGUAUUACAGCAAUUAAUAAAAAUAAAAUGCUA